AUGGCGGAAGCGUACGAAGACGAGGAAGAGGUGUGGAAGUGCGCCAAGCAUCCGCCGCGGUCGUCGCGCUCGCGCCGCCCCCGCUACGGAAUCUGCCACCGCUGCCUCAGGGAGCGCCUGGCGGCGCUCUGCCCCCACUGCGGCGACGCCCGCCGCCCCUGCUCCUGCGGCGCCUGCUCCUCCACCGCCGCCGAUUCUUCUUCAUCGUCGUCGACGAUCAAGAGGUCCGGAAGCGUCAGCCGCAUAUCGAAUUUUCUGUUCGAGAGCAGCAGCAGCAACACCGCCGAGCCUUCCUUGCGGCGGUCGAGAUCCUUGGCGGUGGCGAUUCCUUUCCUCCGGUCGUCAACCAAUCGUCAUCCUCCUCCUGCCGCUGCUUCCGGCAAGGCGGCUCCCACUCCCGCUCCGUCGUUCUGGUCAAUUCUGAAAGGCGGCGGCGCGUCGGCGAAGAAGAAUGACGGCGUGGCGGCGGCGGGGGAGGAGGAGGACGGUGAGCAGCUGCGGAGGAUGAUGAUGAGGAAAUCGAGGUCGGUGGCGGUGACGUCAGCGGAUGCAGGGAGGUUGUCGUGGAAAGGAAGCGGCGGAGGGAGAGGGUGGCAUUUUCCGAGUCCGAUGAAGGUUUUCCGGCAAUCGAAAAUCUCCGCCAGGGGCGGCGGCGGCGGCGGCUUGAUGCAGGGGAGUGAAAGGUCUCCGUUGGACCGCGGUUGA